UUAUUUUUAAUAAAAGCUGAAGAACCAGGCCAACUGCUGCUAGUCUGAGAUCGAUGUUCUAUUCUCAUAUAAACUUCGUAACUUAUGCCAAGAUCUGGAUUUGAUUUGGCAUGACCAUGAAAAAGCACUGAAUUUUAAAUUUCUCCUAUGACGAAAGUAAAAAAUACGUGUACUGGGUGUUUAAAGUUAGGGAUAGGAUUAGGGUUAGCAUUUUUGUUACGUUUUAAUGGGUGGUGUACGUAUUCUUUACCUCCUAUUCUUUUAUUACAGUAGAUAAUCUAUUUGUUGAUUGUGUCCACUCAAAGCCGUCUAUUGUUUUAUCAUCUGCUACAUAUCUUUAUUUGCUGUUUAUUUUGUCAAAAGGAUUCACCUUAAUAGUUAUGUACACUUUAAGCUCCUGAGAAUAAAUAGUUAUCUACAACAUCAUGAAACACAAAUAUCCGACUAAGACAGGUGACUCAUGACACCGCUAUUAUACAAGAUAGAUUUGACUACACAGACUCAGCAAAUUGCAAAAGAACUGGGGAAAAAAAUAAAAUUUAAAAACGUAUUUGUGAACGUGUGGCUGCAAUAUUUCUUUAAAAGAUAUAUAUGUAUUAUUACGAAAGUUACAAGAGGAAAAGUGUAUUGGAUUGGUGACCGAAGUAUAGUUAUGUUUAUGUUUGACCUGUUAUGCAUGUCGUAACAGUCGUGAACACAACCUAAUUUCAUUAAUAGGUCUGCUCACUCCGGUAUGACCUUGGACUAAACAACGACUUCUCCCACAAGUACAACGUUAUGGUCCAAUAUUUUGUUGUUUAAUAUUUUCCUAAUAUCUGAAAGCAGAUGAGUCGAAGUCUUGUAUAUGUAGACCUUACACAAGGUUGUAUAAUAUAAAAAAUAUCAGAUGUCAAUGGUAUAAAAAUGUUUUUACUCCAGAUACAUUAUGAAUAUUGAUCAUCUUUUGAACACAAGAGGAAGAUGUUAUAAAUGAUAAAUAUAACUCUGUUUAUAUAAUAUAUUUUUGGUGAAUAGCUGAAAUACUUCUUCUGAAUUAAUAGCAACAUUUGUUUUCCUCAUUACUUUGAGUAUUUGCAAAAGCUCCUGUUUGGACUUGGAAAAAAUCUGCAAUGGUGUUUGUAAUCAUCUUCAAAUAUUGACGAAUAUCGGACUUGCAGAAGUAUUUGAAAAAAAUGUAGAAAUAUGUAAAAAGAGAAAACAAGAAAUACAUAAUUUGUAGUAUAAGUAGAAAGAUAUAUUUUUUCAACACGUUUGUAGGUAUAGAACAGCAUAUAUAGGAUAAAAUCUCAUGGCUGGUUGCUGAUAGAUUUUUCUGCCCUGUAGGAUUUUAUCAGUGCUUAUGCAUUGAAAAAAAAAAAAAAAAAACUUUUCUACUUGCACUACAAUACAUUUCAGUGCUUCAAAAAUAAACUUAGGUUUGUUUACAUAUCAUAUAAUUUGUGGUUGUAUAAGAAAUAUAGAACAAUGACUUGUGUGAGAAAUGUAAAGGAUGGCUUAUGUCCUGAAGAGAAGAAAAAAGAAAGAAAAAAACUGUCAUACCCUUGUAAUAUCUGUAAAACAUCAUACCAUAAUCGGGCAAAUCUCAAUGUUCACAAACAUAUUCAAACAAGUGAAAAGCCAUAUCACUGUUGCUUCUGUGGUAAAUCAUUUCAUCAACAAAAUGCCUUAACUAUUCACAUACGUACUCAUACAGGGGAAAAACCAUAUCGCUGUGAUAUCUGUGGUAAAUCAUUCUCUCAGAAAAAUAACUUACUUGUUCACAAGCGUAUUCACAAGGCAGAAAAACCCUAUCCCUGUAAUAUCUGUAGCAAAUCAUUCUCUAGCGUACGUAACCUAACAACUCACAACUAUAUUCAUACAGGAGAGAAACCAUAUCAUUGUGAUAUCUGUGGUCAGGCAUUCUCUCAGCAAGGAGCCAUGAAUACUCACAAACGUAUUCAUACAGGAGAGAAGCCACAUUGCUGUGAUAUCUGUGGUAAAUCAUUCACUCAGAAAGCUGUCAUGAUUACUCACAAACGUAUUCAUACAGGUGAGAAGCCAUAUUACUGUGAAAUCUGUGGAAAAUCUUUCUCUGUAGGAAGUAGUUUAACUAAUCACAAACGUAUUCAUACACAAGAGAAGCCAUAUUGUUGUGAUAUCUGUGGUAAAUCAUUCUCGCAGAAAACUAACUUAUUUCUUCACAGACGCGUUCACACAGGAGAGAAACCUUAUCACUGUGAUGUUUGUGGUAUGUCAUUCUCUCAGUCAUGUAACCUAACUACACACAAGUCCGUUCAUACAGGAGAGAAGCCAUAUCCCUGUGAUAUCUGUGGUAAAGCAUUCGCUCGGAGAGAAUACUUAAUCAAACACAGAUAUAAUCAUACAGAAUAAGUUUCAUAUAUGUGCAAAAUCAUUCUCUCAAUAAUGUACCGUAACUGAACAUAUAUUUAUUCAUAUUGAUUGAUAAUAUUAUUUGAUAACAUAAGUGUCCUGCUGUAUAAAGUACAGCAACUGUAUUACAUUGUAUUGAACAAAUGAAAUAUUUACCACGUUUCUCAUUUGCCCUACUCAAUAAUUAUGUGUGUUUUUCAUUCAAAUAGUUUUGAUGAACUUAAUUUGUUUUGUUUUCUUGUGGAUAUGUCAUUAUGACUUCCCAGUUUCCAUUCCUGGUCAGUUUUCUGCUGGAUGGACAAGCCUAGGAAUCCCAGCAGCUGCAGCCUUCAUGCUACUGCCCCACACCUCCAGGAAUAAGCCUCCAGCUUAAUUCUGGAAGUGAUGACAAAAGCCAAAUGCCCCCCCACUACCUAUGGUCCAAAUAUGUAUCUUGUGUAACCCAUGCAAUGGAUGAUAUAGCAUCCUUACAUUUCUCUAAAUUCCUGAAAUUGGAUCUCAUCAAAUUUCAUGAAUAAAUUUAAUAAAUUAAAAGAGAAAUAAAGUUGUUUUAACCUUU